GACGAAGGGGCGUAAUUCGCUGCGUGCGGCGACGUGGCGGCGGGGUCGGCGCCGGGCAGCGGAAGUGGCUCCGGCGCUGGGACUUGAGUGUUUGUGUUUUGGUUAGCGAAGGCGCCGGCGGCCGGCCUGAGGGGAGGAGGCAGAGGAGGGAGGAGGAGGAAGAAUUAGUCGGAACUCGAGCGCGGGCGGCGGCGGAGGAGGAGAUAGGAAAGAAGAAGGCGGAGCGGCGGGAGGCGGAGACGGAUCCCGACAGGGGCGGCACCGAGGCACGAGUCCCGCACAGUCCAGCGUGAGGGGAGCGGCGCGAGGAGGAGACACCGCCGCUGCCACCGACACAGACUCACUCCAGUCUUUCGGGCCCCCACGCUGGGCCUUGCUGCCAGGAAGCUUCUGCCCCACGGCUCAGCUUGCUUCGGUCGCAGGUUUCUUUACCUCCAGAAAGAAAAAAAUUGACCCCUUGCAUCCUGGAAGAUCAUUUAAGAAUCUGAAAUUAGGGACUACUUUCAAAUUUGGACAUGGCUAAUCGAGGUGCAACAAGACCCAACGGGCCAAAUACUGGAAAUAAAAUAUGCCAGUUCAAACUAGUACUUCUGGGAGAGUCUGCUGUUGGUAAAUCAAGCCUAGUGCUUCGUUUUGUGAAAGGCCAAUUUCAUGAAUUUCAAGAAAGUACCAUUGGGGCUGCUUUUCUAACCCAAACUGUGUGUCUUGAUGACACUACAGUAAAAUUUGAAAUAUGGGAUACAGCUGGUCAAGAACGAUACCAUAGCCUAGCACCAAUGUACUACAGAGGAGCACAAGCAGCCAUAGUUGUAUAUGAUAUCACAAAUGAGGAGUCCUUUGCAAGAGCAAAAAAUUGGGUUAAAGAACUUCAGAGGCAAGCAAGUCCUAACAUUGUAAUAGCUUUAUCAGGAAACAAGGCUGACCUAGCAAAUAAAAGAGCUGUAGAUUUCCAGGAAGCACAGUCCUAUGCAGAUGAUAACAGUUUAUUAUUCAUGGAGACAUCUGCCAAAACAUCAAUGAAUGUGAACGAAAUAUUCAUGGCAAUAGCUAAAAAGUUGCCAAAGAAUGAACCACAGAAUCCGGGAGCAAAUUCUGCCAGAGGAAGAGGAGUAGACCUUACUGAACCCACACAACCAACCAGGAGUCAGUGUUGUAGUAACUAAAUCUCCAGUUUGAACUAGCUGGAAUAUUCUUCUGCUUCCUAAAUGUUAAUAACAGUGGAAUUGGAGCAUUUAACCAGCCCAGUAUGACUUCCAAAAAGAAGAGACUUACGAUAGAGUCGAGUUUCUAAUACAGAAUUAUUUUAAGUGUUUUGAACUUAAUUUUUAAUAACAUGCAUGUGUCCCUCUGACUAAUGUUUCAGCAAUAGAAAGGGAAAAUGAGAACUAUAUGUACACUUGUUUCAUUGGAAGGUUGGGGGAAUCAUUCCUCAUCACUAGGAAUAUAGACAAAUGGUUAACCAUCCAGUUUCUCCACACUAGUACAGUAGUCAACUAUGAAAAAGAUUUGCAACUUAUUAAUCUGGGAUUUUCAAAAAUUCAUUUUUUAGAAAGAGAUUCUAAAGACAUUUAUGCUUAGCUACAGUAUUCAGGCAAGUCAUAAUUUCUCAUGGUAUCUUAUAUUUAAAGUGUACAUUCCACAUUUUAAUAAAUUUAGUGAUAGGAAAACAGUCCCACAUCUCCAGGGGGAAAAAAAUGAACAUUAGUGGCACCUAAAAUAAUAGCCAGUCCUGCUGUUUUUUAAAUGGGGUAAAAAAGUCAAAUGUAACCCCACCUUGUUUUAGGAAUGUGAAAACUGAUAAAUGCAUCUUAAUGGAUAGUGUUCCCUUCACACGUGUGAGCUCUUCAACAAAAAUGAAACAAACCAGGUGUCUGUGAUUUCUAUUUAAUCACUGCUGGCCAUUACAUAGGUUUUGUUGUUUGGGGGCAGGGAGGGGGCUUUUGUUCCCUUUUGACAUAAUAUAGUCAAUGCACUAACAAUUAUGUAUACUCAAACUUGAUUAUUUUAAAUUUGAUCUUCAGCUGUACUGUAAAUAGGGUACUCCAUUGUAGUCUCCAUAUAUGUAUUACUUUACUGUAAUAUUUAAGAGUUGCUUAAAAGUAUACAAAAUGUACAGUUACUAAAACAGCUAAUUCUUUCUUUCUUUCCCCCCUUUGAACGGAAGGGGAUUCAGUUCUUAACAUGGUUAGAACCAUAAUAAACAAUGUACCCGUAAUUUGUAACAUAAGUAUUGCAAUAUGUUAGUAACAAUCUUGCAGCCUUGUUUUCCAAAGUUCAUUUUAUUUUGAUUGGUUCAGUAUAUUGCACUAAUUAUUUUAGGUAUUUUCAUUAUAUGAAAUCGACCAUGUGUCAGAGAUGAUUUAAUCUAUUUAAGUGUUGGACUGCUAGGAGAACUUGUACAUUUAUGAUAAUGCAGAAUUAGUAAGGAAAACGGUUCACCAGUGUUUAGUUUUAUAUUGAGGUGCUCAGGUUGGAAUAAAGUGGUAUAAAAAGCAA